AGGCGCGCGACGACUCUCUCGUUGCGCCUUGGUUGCGCCUCCUCCAGCGACACCGCCGCCCUUGAGCUUUCGUCGAGCUUCGGUCCCUUCCUUUUUUCAGUUGCAUCUCUGAGCUUUAGAGCAGAAUUCUCGUUCUCAUUCCGUCAAUAAUCUAAGUAAUGGCCAAUUCACUUGUCGACCCCCACACCUUGGUAUCGCCCGCCUACCUCAUGUUUCGGUCGGCGGGCUUUACAGAAGAAAGAGCGAUAGCAGUGCUCACCCGGACAGCAGACAAGGAGCGAGAUGAGCAAGCACGGCAGGCACGCGUCGUCGCAGAGGCACAGGCAGAGCGAGACCAGGAGCUAGACGUCGAGGAAGUGGCCAAUCAGGGCAGGGAAAGAGAGAAACAGGAGGCAGAGUUUCGUAGGGAUGAACGAAAGAAGAAUCCAUACAAGUACGUUUCUAUUCCGGAUCGCCCAACCCCUGGAAGCGGCCUAGUCCUAGCCUCGCCAUACGCCAUCCGCCGCCUCGAAGAGGGCGAGUACGUGGAGCUAUACUACUACACCAAUGCAGGACUUCUUGCAGCAACCGCAGCCGUUACACAGGUCGGCGACGCGCUGGCCAUGAAGACCGCCAAUGAAGACGGCACCACAUCCUGGGUACCCGCUACAGUCACCCCGGACAGCGAACUCACCUGGGAGCAGUUUCAAGAGGCAGUUCCGCGAUUCAUCGUGGCCAUGAAAGAGGCGAGAUGGGCGGAGCAGCGGGUCAUCAUGCUGUCGAAGUUCUGGGAAAAGCUACAGGUACACAGGUUCGGCCGCCAGUGGUGCCCCAAUCCAAUCGACAUCCGCGCGCUCAUAACGUAUCAAGCGGAGCAGCGACAGAGGUGGCACUUGGCCAUUCACGCGCCCCAGGGAGCAUGGAACAUCUCUAACCUGUCGCAAGAGAUCCUGCGUGAAACACACGACCGCGCGUACAGGGAGGACCGCGCUGUGAAGGACGCAGAGUCCGACGCCCUCAGGAACAGAUCUAGCUCCAGCGGCGGCGCCGCAGUGCGUACCAAGACCGCUAGGAAUGCGGCCGGCGCACCGUACCCCAACCAAAAGGGAAGCCGCCGCAGGCGGUUCGGUCCUUAGAUAGGCUACUUGUAUGAUCGAAGAUCCCGGAGGGCCGACUCGGGUCGGGCAGCCCAGAGGGCUGCGCAUUGCACUCGCAACUUCUCGGUGCUCGCUUCUACCGAGUUCACC